AUGCGGCCUCUUCCUCUUCUUGUCCAUUCCGCCGCCCUCGUGGUUUCUCUUCUCCCUGCCUUCCUCCUCUCCCUUCCCAACCUGGCCCGCGCAACCACGAACACUGGGGGCAACGGCGGUAGACAUGGAGGCUCUUCGUGUUGGAGAAAUCGAGGUCGUGGAAGUUUUUUAGCGCAAGCACCCGUUCUGCCCGGGGGAAGCCACGGUCCUGGUGGUAUUGGAGGGCUUGCGGGCCCGCGAGGGUCAGGAGGUUCCGGCAUAAGAAUUGCCGGCCGCGGAGGAGCCGCGAUCCCACCCACAUCGUCCACGUCGACUUUGCCGCAUGUUCCUGUGCCCCCAUCAGAUUACACGCGGCAUUACCCCGCGCAUGCCGUCACUCCUCUGGCGGCCUUGCGGCAUUUUGUGGUUUCGGAAGAGAAAGGUCUCACCGCGGGGGAAGCCCAAGUGCGUCUUGCCGCCGUGGGGCCGAACGAGUUGAGCCCACCAAAGCAAACAUCUUUGUUGGAACUUGUCGCCGAGCAAUUUGAGGACCGGUUGGUGCAGAUAUUGGUGAUGGUCGCGGUCGUAUCCAGUGUGCUUUCCCUCUUUGAGGAUGACCCGACUGCCUUUGUCGAGCCACUGGUGAUUGUCAUGAUCCUUGUCAUCAACGCUUUCGUGGGCAUAUGGCAAGGCCGGUCCGCGGAAGGCGCAUUGGACGCGCUAAAAAAACUACAGCCGGAGAAUGCUUGUGUCCUGCGGGAAGGGCGAUGGCUGAAUGACCUUCCCGCACGGGAGUUGGUGCCCGGGGAUAUCAUUUUCGUCCGAGUGGGCGAUAAAGUGCCGGCGGACGCGCGAAUAUUGGCCUUGAAGACCACCACCUUCUCCUGCGACGAAGGCUCCCUGACCGGGGAGAGCGCGAGUGUGUCCAAGUUCCUGGAUCCUGUCUCGGAGGAAGCCCGGAUCCAGAGCAAGACGAACAUGAUCUUCAGCGGGACCAUGAUCAGCAACGGCGCUGCGUAUGCCCUGGUGGUGGAUACGGGGGCGCGGACGGAGAUUGGGAAAAUCAACCAAGGGGUGGAGCAGGCGAAGCAAGAGCAGAUCAAGACUCCCUUGGCCCAGAAAUUGGACGAAUUCGGCAAUCAACUCACUUACAUUAUUGGAGGAAUCUGUUUGGCCGUCUGGUGUUUCUCGUACCCAGAAUUUUCCAACCCCGUCCACGGGUCCACACUGAAAGGCGCGCUCUACUACGCGAAGGUAGCGGUGGCCUUGGGCGUGGCCGCCAUCCCCGAGGGGCUUCCGGCGGUGAUCACGCUGUGCCUGUCCUUGGGGACCCGACGCAUGGCCAAGCGCAACGUCAUUGUCCGGAAGCUGCCCUCCGUCGAAACCUUGGGAUGCACCACGGUCAUCUGCUCGGACAAGACUGGGACCUUGACCACGAACCAGAUGACCUGCGUGAGUCUGGUCACUUUGGCGGAAGGUGGGAAGGCGGAAGGGGGGGCAGUCAUGAGCGAAUUCGCCGUGGAAGGGGUCAGUUACAACCCGAGUGGCGCCGUGGAAGGCUUGAUGCCGUCCGGCUUCGGGGCUGGGAACGCCCUGCCCAAAGGGAUCGAAGACAUCGCCACCAUCGCCGCGCUUUGCAACGAGGCCAAAAUCGUUUUCCAGGACGGGAAAUUCGAACGGAUCGGGGAGCCUACGGAGGCCGCCCUGAAAGUCCUGGUGGAGAAGCUCCACAUUCCCGGGGAACCCCGGAAUGAGGAUCCCUUUGUGGCCUGCUCCCAGUACAGCAAGUACUGGGAAGGGAAGUACGCGAAACUGGCCACGUUGGAAUUUUCCCGGGACCGAAAGAGCAUGUCCGUCCUUUGUCGGCCUUGGAACGGGGGAGGGAAUAAGCUCUUCGUCAAAGGUGCCCCCGACUUGCUGGUGGCCCGCUGCACGCGGCUGCGUCUGGCGAGCGGGAAAACCGUGCCCCUGACGAACGAGAUGCGGCACCGGAUCAUGGCCAAGGUGGAGAGCAUGGCCGUUCGGCCCUUGAGGUGUUUGGGGCUGGCGAUGAAGGAGGGGGGAGAGCUGGGCGCACUGAACAAAGUGAGCACGGAGGAGGAAGCGGCAUCGAGCCCCUUGUUGCGGAACCCCGCGCAGUUCGGUCAGAUCGAAAGCGGGCUGACCCUGGUCGGCAUUUGUGGGAUCAAGGACCCGGCCCGACCGGAGGCUGCCCGGGCGAUACUGCAAUGUCGCGAGGCGGGCGUGCGGGUGAUCAUGAUCACGGGGGACUCGCGGGAAACGGCGGUGGCAAUUGCCAGGGACGUGCACAUUUUUGGGCGGGAGGAAGACGUGAGUCGCAAGGCCUUUCGGGGCGCGGACUUUUUCGGGUUGUCGGAGCAGGAGCAACGGUCAAUUUUGCGGUCGGGCAAUUUGAUUUUCUGUCGGACCGAGCCCCAGGACAAGCAGCAGCUGGUGAAGAUGUUACAACAGGAAGGGGAAGUGCCGGCGAUGACGGGGGAUGGGGUCAACGACGCACCGGCGUUGCAACAGGCGGCGAUCGGUGUGGCAAUGGGGAUCACGGGUACUGAGGUGUGCAAGCAGGCAGCGGACAUGGUCUUGGCCGACGACAACUUCGCCACCAUUGUCUCGGCCGUGGAGGAAGGCCGGUGCAUCUACGCGAACAUGCAGGCUUUCAUCUGUUUCCUGAUUUCUUGCAACAUUGGUGAGAUACUGACCAUCUUUGGCGCCACCGUGUUGGGGUUGCCUGAGCCUUUGACCCCUCUUCACCUGCUGUGGGUGAACCUGGUGACGGACGGCCCCCCCGCCACCGCGCUGGGCUUUAAUCCGCCCGACCCGGACGCCAUGCUCAAGCCGCCGCGCAGCUCCACCGAACCCAUCCUGAGCCGAUGGCUGCUGAUUCGCUACCUGAUCACGGGGGCUUACGUGGGCUUUGCAACAGUGGGGAUUUUUGUGCAAUGGUUCCUGCGACGUGGGGUCACCUGGAAAGAAUUGACGCAUUGGGGCCAUUGCGUGAACUGGGAGGACAGCUUCGCGCCGGACUUGGGCGGGUUGACGUCCCUUUUGGGCGAGCACCCCGACAGAUGCGACGUCUUCGGCCCCGCCCUCGCCUCCCCUCAGACCUUGGCACUCUCCGUGCUCGUGACCAUGGAGAUGUUCAAGGCUCUCUCCGCGGUCUCCCUGGACAAUUCCAUUCUUCGGGUCCCACCCUGGAAAAACCCAUGGCUUCUGGGGGGCGUGGCCCUCCCUUUUUCCAUCCACUUGGCCGUAGUCUACUUCCCGUUCCUGAACCAGGUCUUCGGCGUGUCGAGCAUGGCCGACUCCGACUGGCUCAACGUCCUCCAAUGGGCCGCCCCCAUCUUGCUCCUCGACGAGGUCCUCAAAGCG